GGUCCGUCUAUUCGGUCUGUUCAGUCUGUGGUGCGGUUGAGAGUGUGCUGGUCGGCCUGACGUGACUCCCCUUUGCAAGUGAGUGGCUGGAUCUCCGAGAUCCCUUUUUCCCGAAGUGACAGCGUCCUGCUUGCGUGGAAGCAUCCCAUCCCUCCCUCCAACCUACUCAUCCUCUUCGUCGUGGUCGGCGAGAAUCGUGGGAGCCUUGUCGGAUAGACACCCAUACAUACCCUCACAGUCCCACAAGUCGACGUAGAGCUCUCAUCUGCCUGUUCCGUUGCGUUUUGUCGCUCGUCCCGGUGGAUUUUGGAACUUGGAUCCAUCCUCUGAGCGAGCAUCAUGGCCAUGAAACGCCGUACCAACACCAAGAACCCGCCCAUGUUCAGCCAUGAGUUCGUGAUCCAGAACCACGCGGACAUCGUGGCCUGCGUGGCAAUGGUGUUCGUGGUGGGUCUCAUGUUCCAGGUCUCGUCGCCCUUGGCCUCGCUCUUCAUCGCCUUGCACCACAACGCCACGGUGCCCGUGCCCGUAGGUCCGAGUGGCGGGCAGACGAUGGAUAUGGUGUUUUAUACCAACGGCUGGAAAGACGUACCCGCCAUCUUCUUCUACCUGCUCAUUGCCGUGGUGAUGCACCAGAUUGUGCAGGAGUAUCUGCUGGACAAGAUCAAUCGGAAGCUCCACUUGUCCAAGAUCAAACACGCCAAGUUCAAUGAAUCCGGACAGCUGUUGAGCUUUUACCUCGUGUCCAUGGUCUGGGCGGUGGAUAUCAUCUGGCGCGAGAAUCUGUUCAGCAUCCGCUUGCUCUGGGAGGGUUACCCGCACGUGUACAUGACCUUCAUGUUCAAGUUCUUCUUCAUCGUGCAGAUCGCCUAUUGGCUCCACAUCUUCCCCGAGUUGUACUUCCAGAAGGUCAAACGUGAGGAUAUGGCCGCCCGCAUCCAGUAUGCCUCCCUCUACUUGGCUUUCAUCGUGGGGGCUUAUGUGUUCUCCUACACCCGGGUGGCUUUGUGCCUCUUGGUUUUGCAGUACGUGGUUGAGGCCCUCUUCCACGCCUCCCGUCUCUUGGCUUAUGCCGACAAGGGCGACGUGGCCCGCCCCUUAUACAAGUUGCACAACGGACUCUUCGUUUUGGGUCGCUUGGGCUCGAUCUCCUUGGCCGUGUUGACCUUCUGGUAAGGAUUGGCCUUGGCCCCGGCCGAUCGCCAGGUCAUCGACUUGAGUCAAGGUAACUUCAACACGUUCUUCUUCCGGCUGAACGCGUUGGUGGCCGUGUGUUUGCUCCAAGCUUGGCUCAUGUGGAACUUCAUCACGUUCCACCUCCGCCGGAAGCGCCAGAGUGGAUACGGAUCGAGCUCGGGAUCGGGCUUGACCAGCCGUCCCAAGAAGACCCAACAGGAGAAGGCCAAGCAGCGCAAGGAAAUGAAGGCCAAGAGCAAGGACCAAGAUGACACCCAAGAGGAACAGGAUGACUUGCCGGAAGUGGACCAGAACACCAAGAAGACCCUCAGACAGAGAAAGUAAAGAGUGGUGUUCGUGUGCCAACUUGAUAUCUCCCGCCUACCCCCUGAAUCGGAACCUAUAGGCAUCCGCUCGGAUGACCCCAACAGGAAGUGCAUUUAUCGUUCAAACGCCAGACAAAGAACCCGACACAUCUACGACAUCAACCCGCGCGCAAGAUAUGGUCAUACAUACGUCCUCCUUACCCGCUUUCUUUUGGGACUGCCCACCUUUCUGUCACCAUCUAUGACUCGCUUGUUUUUGAAGUGUUCCCCACCCUCUCCUGUUGUAGCGGAAACAGUUUCGCCUAAAUAUAUCCCCUCCUAUCGUUGGUCAAACUGACCGAAGAAAGAAUGAAAGAGAACCUUGCCAAAACCGACAAUAUUCGCCGAGCUCGCUCCAUUUGUCGCAUUUCUCUCGAAGAUAGCCCAAAUUCCUUGGUUUCUUUUAUUACUGAAAUUUUCCUCGUUCUUCAUCAAAAAUAACGGUGUUCUAUCGAUGUGAAAAAAGAAAAAUAUUUUUCCGAGUCGGACUUGUGUGUGCUUGUAUCAGAAUACUGUUAUUUUUGCCAACCCUCGUGUUCCUGUUUCCCUUUUCCUUCUUCUCCUUUGAUUAUCCUCUACAUAUUACAUGCAGUUCGUUUUCUUAAAAUAAAGUCGUUUACAAAACAAAAGUU